UUGCUAUGUGUAGUAUAUUUCCAAUAAUAACGUGGUUAUAAAAAAAACGAAAGUGGCAGUAAAUUACGGUGACUUAUUUUUACUAAAAUUAAAUAAUUUAGGGAAAAUAAAAUAAUUCAAAAACAAAAAAUGGCACAGAAAGGAGUUAGUCCAAUAGCAAUUUUAAAAAGUAUUUAUCGGAACGAAUUCCAAUGGUCAAUAGUUAAAAGCUUUGGAUUGUUCUUUUUGGGUGUUAAAAUAGCGCAGGAAUGUAUCGGAAUGGAAGUGAUGCCCUCUGUUGUACCAAUAACUCCAUAAUUUUAUAAUUUCAAUAUAAAAUAUAAUUUUAAUGUAAAAAAUACAUUACUAUAGUUAAAAAACUAAAUUUAAAUAAAUUAACAUUCAAAGAUAAAAUUGUUCUUAAUACUUUAGUGAAUAUAGUUCUGUAAUUUUA